AUCAUUUGGAACUUCUGUCGUUUGCGAAAAAAAAGAAGAGGGAGGACAAUUUUUGUGAGGCUGUCGAAUGGUGCUGCUGCUUCUGUUUGAGGAGAAAAAAGUAAAAAUUUAGAACCGCAGCCAAGGAAUCGACUUAAGUAGGGCAUUGUCGGGCCAAUAUUGGAUAAAUCCGAUUGUUCCGCCGUGAAUCGAUUGUAUUACGGUACGCACGGUCUCGAGUGUAUAUGGACUAUAGAUGCCAAACGGCGGUGGCUUCGUUUCCGGUUUUAUAUGGUGAAAAUUUAACCGUCUGGUGUAUUGGGGGAAAAUAAUUAAUGAUGGAAGAAAAUCCGAGCCCAACCUCUCUCCUCCUGGACCCUUCUCCUGCUUCUUUGGUUGCGACUGUGUUCGCUUCCGGCGAUGAAGAAGUUAAUGAAGAGAGUCGAAGCAGUAGUGUCAAUUCCGGCACACAGCACCAACCGGAACUGGCCAAUGGGGGGGCCAAAUCCGUGAGUACAAUCGGGUCGCUGUGCCGGAUAUGUUUGUGUGACCCCCGGCAGCCGGGCAGUCAGGUUGGUAGAAUGUUAGAAUCGCUAUCUAAGACUACGGUGGAAUCGAAAAGUUUGUACUCGAUGCUAAUGGCCGUUUGUAGCCCACUGGCCCAGGGCAGCAGCGAUGGUAUGCCGGACAAAAUUUGCACCAUUUGCAAGGUCAAACUGCUCCAGGCGUAUAAGUUAUACGAGACUUGCAUCAGAAGUGAUGAUAAAAUUCGGAGACUACUCCAGCUUCAGUUCCUGGGGGGUGGAGCUCAGGUCAAGCAGGAGAUUAUGGACGAAGACGAAGACGACGGGGAAUUGGUUAACGCUGGACUCUACUACGAUGACCGGGUCAAGAAGGAACUAGACUACAUGGAUCAGGAUUACUUAAUGGAUAACCACUUCUACGGCGGUUCAUUAGCUUCCGUGGUUCAAAGUACGCCCAACCUGAAAAUCCAUUCAGUCCGGAACGGUGCCGAAGCGAUGAUGCCGUUUCAGGAUUAUGGGCUUCCAGGCGAUACUCCCCCGAAGCCAACUUUCCAGUGUGAAAAAUUCGUCAAGGUUACUCCAAAAGGACAUCACUGCUUAUUGUGCGGUAAAGACUUUAAAUACUUUAGCUAUUUCAAGCAACAUGCCAUCGCACAGCAUGAUCCAUCGAAGCCGUUCUCGUGUGAACAGUGCAAGUACACUUUCAAAACCGAACAACGUCUUUUUAUCCACAUGAGAGCACAUUUGGAGGAGUCUAAUGCCGCUUCCGCAGCUGGGAACGAACCAUCGGACAUGAUGGAGGCAAGCAUGGAACAAGAAUUGGAUGCCACAGACGACUUAGCCGAAGAAGAUUGCACCGACCUCAAAGUAACAAUCAACCCAGAUACGGGAGAUAAACUCUACAAUUGUCUUAUAUGCCAAAAGCAGUUAACUACUUUGCCGCUUUUCAAACGUCACCAGACGGUCCACACCGUACGUGGAAGACCCUUCGAAUGUGGAAUUUGUCAUUACCGUUUUGCUAUGAAAUACAGCUACAACGCUCACAUGGCACUGCACGAAAAGGGCAUUGAUCCAGCCCAACCAAUCAGCUUCAAAUGUCCAGAAUGUGACGAAGCUUUCCCCAAAAGAAGACUCCUCAACUCUCACAUCACCACCGAACACAACAGGUCUCCCUCGCCAGCAACCCCCUUGAACAAAACUGCUCCGGCAGCAAUACUGACAAGUAACAUUUCCGAUGGCCGCCACAGCCACGUCUGCCCCAUUUGCUCUGAAACAUUUAACCGCGAAUCGGUACUCAACAACCACAUGAAAACCCAUGAGCUCGAAGCUGCCCAACUUAAACACUCCGAGAUAUGCUACGUUUGUACCGUGUGUGGAUUGGAAUGCGAAACGCGUGAGAUUUUCACAAAUCACAUUGAAACUCAUGGAGAUAUACAAUUGCCUCAGAAGAACGUCACCUCAGGCGAUGGAAUCGAACUCAGCGACGACGAACAACAGCCUCAAAACGGAGAAGACCCAUUAAGUCUCACUCCUAACAAGUCUGCAAGUGCUCCUGAGGGUUUGGUCAAAAUCGGUGCAAGGUGUGAUCUCUGCAAUAAAACAUUCCCCUAUGCCUGCAACCUCAAACAGCACAAAAUAAUUCACCAUUCGGAGAUGAAACCUCACGAGUGCGCCAUCUGUCACUAUCGUUUCGAGUAUGAAGGCACUCUUCUCCGGCACAUGCAGAAACAUUCCAAAUCAGACGCCGCCAAUCCCGGCACCUCGAAUGUCCCGAAUGCUUCCGUUAGCACCGAAGAGGCUAUCGUGGCCCCCAACGGAGCAUCGAUCGUAUACAAGUGCAAACUGUGCUCGGCACGCUUCCAAAAGCAAAAGUCCAUGGCAUGGCAUUUGAAGACGCAUCGUUCGAUUGUGGCCAACUCGGAACUUAAAGAGGGUGAGCCAAACUUGCACUCUCCACCGCUCCCUAAGCAGCAUUUGAACGCAUCUCAAACAGACGACGAGAGCAAACUGUCCAUGAUGUCUUCAACGCCGACGGUUUCCCAUGCCGCUAGUGCUUUUGCCGCGCAUUUAAAUCUUAAACCACAGGGUGGCGCUCCAUCGAUGGAUGCCGUUCCUCGGAAAACUUUCCAGUGUACCUUCUGUCCACAGAAAUUAUAUUCUGAAGAAGCCUAUUACCAACAUAUGCUUGGACACCGUAAGCGACCCUUAGCAGACCCACUUCAACUGAACAGCGAUAAUCCGGUAAAGAAGAAGCGUAGCUGGGUCCGAUCGGGAGAUCAUCAUCAAUGUCCUCUUUGCAAGAAAAUGUUUACUUUCCGCAGUCAGUUACAGCAGCACACUGCACUUCAUCAUCAACCGGGAAAGCCGUACGAAUGCGGCAAGUGUCAUUACAGCUUCGUUCAUAAACUGAACCUGAAGCGUCACGAGCUAACCCAUCUCGAGGAGGAACGCUUGGCUAACGAGGAAGAAGAGGAUCCUAUCCGACUGCUGGAAGACGAGGGUUUCAACACCAAUAUGGACGAAUUCGUAGAACCGGUUCUAGAUGAACUACUUCCGACGGUAGGUCUGAUGCCGGUUAACCGUAAUUCUACUGAAAACAAGGAAGGUGGCGAACCAAGUUCCAGCAGUGGCCCCUCGAAGCGGAACAAAUGUGUUGUGUGUUCCACUAUUUUCAGCCGCGAGGACCAACUAAUUGAACAUUUAAAAACGCACAUAGAAAAAAUUAAAAAUAGGGGACAGGAAUCCCAUUCUGCAAAGAAAAACAUGAAUGACGAAAGCGAUCGUACAUGCAAACUCUGCUCGAAAGUAUUCAAGUACUCUUGUCAACUGAAACAGCACCUCCAAAUGCAUCACGCCAAAGAAAAACCAUACGAAUGCAACAUUUGCAAGUACCGCUUCGAAUUUAAGGGUCACAUGAUCCGUCACAAAGCCAUUAAUCACGCAGAUGAGGUAGCUGCUGAAGAAGCCGAAAGCGAUGAAAUGCCAUCGAAAAUAACAACUCCCGUGGUUAAUCCAGACGGAUCGGAAGUAUACCAGUGUCCGGUAUGUCCCCUAAAUUUCGUCAAACAACGCUCGCUGACUUGGCAUUUGAAAACUCAUACCGGUAGAAGAACAAAAGCCGAACAGGAUGAUGCUGGAUUUGCAUCAACUUCUUUUGAAGGUGUCAUGCAGUGCAGCCACUGUCCACGAAUUUUUGACGAUGAGUUUGAACUAAAGGCCCACAUGAUGACUCAUCUUGACGAUGACAAUUCGGCUGAAGCCGAUCACUCACUGUUUGGUUCAGGUUUGGAUAUGAUGCUUCAAGAUUUCCCUGACACAAUUGAAAAUCACGAAACUGAUCCUUUGUUUGAUGCUUCCAAUUUGGAAUUGGUACUUGAGGAUGGUGCCGGCAACGACGAUCUCGACUUCAACGUAAGCUAUCAAAACAAUACUCCACCACCAGGUGCUUCCAAACGAAGCAAUACUACAUCCAAUGAAAGCUCCAUUUUUGACAUUGCCGAGCCCGGAAACUCAUCUAUGAAUAACAAGGGUAAAAUCGUAUGCAAGCUGUGCAAAAAAGAUUUCCUUUACGCUUGCAAUCUGAAACAACAUGUCCAAUUGCAUCAUGCCAAGGACAAGCCCUUCGAAUGUAAAAUUUGCUUCUAUCGGUUCGAGUACAGCGGUCAUCUCGUCCGUCACGUCCGUCAAAAUCAUGAGAACGACGAAACCAAAUCAUUUGUGUGCACCUUCUGCUCGGAACUGUUUGAACAUAAAGGACAAUUGAACGCUCACAUUAACACCUACCAUCGAGGAGAAAAACAAUUCAAAUGCGAUUAUUGUCCAGCUUCGUUCACUUACAAAAAAUCGUACGAUACUCACAGAGAGGAACAUGUUACAGGAAAACGACCAUCGGAUACAAUUCCGAUGACUUCCAAUGAAAUGAAAGUCGAACCUCAGAUGACUUUUCCUUCGAUCAAUAUAUCGGCCCCCGUGCCGGUUGCCUCCACAAGUAGUGCUGCCACUAGCUUCUCUUGCAACUUCUGUAAAAAAACGUUCAGCUCUGCCCAAAAGGUAGACAAUCACGUGUGCUUUCAAUGAAACACACCAAACCGACGUUGGCGACAUGAUCCAACGUUUUGAGAGAUACAUAAAUGAUCCGAAUGAGAUUUAUAAGGAAGACAUUGAACUUUAAUUGUAUGUAAACCUAUACUACACAUAAAAAAAACACAAACCACAAAACAGUACACCUGAUGAAUUGCAAGCACCGAUAAUAGGAAUCAUAAACCAAAUUGAGGCAGAUAAGCGAAUACUUUUAAAGCAACACACAUACAUCAAAACAACAAUAUUCAGCAAAAAUUAUCUCCAUGCUAGAAUGUUAAGCAGUGUACCCCUAAAAUAACACUUAUUAGAUGAUGAUAUGUUGGGAGGACUAUCAUAAGGUAGUCACACAAAAUAAACCCUUCCUAGUUGACACACAUAAUACACAUUAAGCAUGGUCAAGGUAUUCCGAAAGCUGUCCCAAAAGUAGGUGACAAUGGAUAUUUGUCGAACGAACAAAACUGAGUAGUAGAUCAGCAAGAACAGUUACGCCUAUCUUAAAUGUGUACGUUCUUCUAGUUUACCUUGGUAACCCAGAUAGUCAUAAGCCAUAUUAGCGUUUACUAGAGUGUAGUUCGUUUUAUUUAAGUUUUAAAACAGUACAUCUUCAGUAAUUUUCUAUUUCAUACGACAUAUUAUCCAUCAUUUAUCAUUUUUAAUGUGUAUCAGAAAAACUCAAAUCAAGAAAUUGACGUGUAUCUUUUCGAUUAAGAUAAGAAACCUUAAAUAAAAAGUAUUAGAUUACGUACAGUUGGUGUCACUUUUUAAGCAAACGCAUUAACGUUUGCAGCUCUGUACGAUUGAAGGAAUACAUAAUAUAGUUUACACUGCUGUCGCCUUAGCUGUUGUCGAAUUUUACACUCUGAGUUGAACCUAGAAUAUUUUGAAUAACAAUUUAAGAUCACAGGAGUUUUUUUCCCCAGUUAUCAUAUGCUUCGAAAAUUUUAUUCUUCACAACAAUCCUUUUAUUUUAACAAGAAGCUUUCACGUAGUGCACUAAGUUCCCAGUUUAACUUAUUAUGGAUAGCGAAAUAUGCAAAACAUGUAAUCGAUAAGAGCAAACUAAGUAACAUAACAAUACAACUUUAACCCUAAUCGUUACGAGUAAAGUCUUCAAAAGAAAACAAAGGAACAUAUUGAACAGAAUAACAACAACCACAUAACAACAACAACAAAAACAGAUUAAUUCUUCGAAAAAUAUAUAACUGAACCACUGUAUAAGUUACGUAUCAGCAUUU